AUGGUUAAUUUUAGAAUGCUAAUGAAAAAGAUUGCACAAAAACUUAGACUUAAUGAUAAACUGAAUGUUUCUGCUUAUACUACAAUGAUUAUAGCUGCAUAUUGUUUGAUUAAAGCCAAAUCAAAACCAAUUUUGCCACUUGUCAAAAUAAGCAACUUUAUGUUGGUGCUCUAAAAGAAAUUAGUAGAAGAAGUCAUUUAUGAUGGAACUCAUAUUUUAUUCAGAUGUGUCAAUUAAGCUUAAUGGAUGUCAACUCAGGCUGAUCCUUUGAUAAAGGGAAAGGAAUUAUUGAAAGUUUUAGUGUAAGAAUGUUUCUUUUUAAUUUUUAAGGGAGUAUGGUGUUCCAAGGUUUUAAAAUUCCUCCUAAAUCUAUUACACUGAAAAUCAAAUUAAAUAUUUAGUAGUGAGUGUAGCAGCCUUUUCAUAUGCUUUUGGUAUAUUUGCAUCUCUUUUUUUGAAUAAUCAACUAUUUUCUAAUAAAUCCUUGGUUGCCUAGUCAACAGGAGUCAAAUUUUGUAAUAUUUAUGGUCUAGAUCAUGCAAAAAAAUAGCUGACAUAAAUUAUUGAAUAUUUAUAGGAUCCAUUAAAAUUUAGAAAUGUAGGUGCAAGAUUAAGAAGAGGAAUUAUGAUUUAUGGUCCUCCAGGAACAGGAAAAACAAUGCUUGCCAAGGCUACUGCAACAGAAAGCAAUGUUUAAUUUUUAUAUUGUUCAGCAACUGAAUUUAUGGAAGUUUAUGUUGGAACAGGACCUAAGAGAGUUAGAGAAUUGUUCAAAAAAGCAAGACAAACAUCUCCAGCUAUUAUUUUUAUAGAUGAAAUUGAUAGUAUUGCAUAUAAAAGAAAAAAUUAAAAUUUUGGAGUAGAAACAGGUGGUGAUAAUGAAAGGGUUAGCACUUUAAAUUAAUUACUAACAGAAAUAGAUGGAUUUAAAGAAAAUGAAAAUAUUGUUGUUAUUGCAGCAACUAAUAGAAUUUAAAUAUUAGAUGAUGCCCUUCUUAGAAGUGGUAGAUUUGAUAUUAAAAUAGAGGUUGUUUUACCAUCAGAAAAUGACAGGAAAGGUAUUAUCGGGGUUCAUUUACAAAAUGUAUUAUAUAUUUAAUAUGUUAAAUAGAAAAAACAUUAAAUUUCUUAGGGAAUGAUUGAUAAAGUAUCCAAGAAUACAAAUGGAUUCUCCGGAGCAGAUAUGGAAAACAUUACAAAUGAAAGUGCAUAUAUUGCUAUAGAGAAAUAAUAAGAGUUCAUAUCAGAUGACGAUUUUUAGGAAGCAUUCAGAAAGGUUAGUUAAGAAAAACAGCAUAUGUUAGAGGUCUGAUUAAAUUUUUUAUGU